AUGUAUGUAGCUUCCAUGCGUAAGUCUUUCAAGGACUCCUUGAAAGUACUUGAAGCUGAUAUCCAACACGCCAAUACCCUGGCGUCAGAUUUUCCAAGGGAUUAUGAUGGUGCGUGCCUUCAGAUGAGGAUGUCAUACAGUCCAGCCGCGCACCUGUUUCUUUUUCUGGUGCAAUGGACAGAUUGUCAUCUUGCUGGAGCCCUUGGACUGUUAAGAAUCCUAAUUUACAAGGUCUAUGUGGAUGGAACAACCACCAUGUCUACACAUGAAAGAAAAGCAAGUAUUAGAGAAUUCUAUGCGGUCAUUUAUCCGUCUUUAUUGCAACUUCAAAGAGGUGUCACUGAUACUGAGGAUAAGAAGCAGAAGGUUGUAUGCAUGGAGAGGUACCGCAGAAGAGAUGAUGAGGAUUAUAGGCAGUCUUCUGACAUAGACAUUGAAAGAGAAGAUGAAUGUGGAAUAUGCAUGGACAUGAAUACUAAGAUUGUGUUACCCAACUGCAACCAUGCCAUGUGCCUGAAAUGUUAUCGAGAAUGGCGAACUAUAUCACAAUCAUGCCCAUUUUGCCGAGACAGUCUGAAGAGAGUGAACUCAGGUGAUCUGUGGGUAUUCACUGAUAGAAGGGAUGUGGUAGAUAUGGCAACAGUGACAAGGGAGAAUCUAAGAAGGCUUUUCAUGUACAUAGAUAAGUUGCCUUUGAUCGUUCCAGAUUCCCUUUUUGAUGCAUAUGACUCUCACAUAAGGUAA